AUGAACGUGACGGGCAUGAGUUCGACUGCUGCGCGUGCGUCUGCUCCGAGCCGUGGACGUCAACCGGCUGCUGGCCCCGGUCAGAGGACCCGACCGCCCUUUCUGGAAGCGGAUCGUUGCGAGGUGUGCGACGUGCGCACCCUAACCAAGAUCGGCAAGUGGAGGCACGUACACCGCGAGCACCGUGGCGACUCGCGCCUGACGUGCCAUGACUUCGCUUGUGGCCGGCGGUUCACGAACUCUUACGCAAGGCUCGUGCACGAACGGGUGCACCAUGCGCGAUCCGCCGCCCGCGGCAACGGCCGCGUUGCGUACACGUGCGAGCUGUGCGGGACCUACCGCCACGGCCGCAACUCGUUGGCCGCCCACGUGGCCGCUGCCCAUCCGGCCGCGAUGUCCGCGCUGUGCGGCAUCUGCGCCGUGUACAUGGGCGACGCGGAGUCGCUGACGCUUCACGUGCGCCACGUCCACCGCCGGGACACGAUGGCGACGGGGCACGGUUUGCGGUGCGACUUGUGCGGCGAACGGUGCCGCGACCCGAAGCGAUUGCGGUCGCACAGGCGCGUGCACGGCGUCCGGGACAUGGUGCACCGUGAGCACAUGCUGUGCGACCUAUCUUCCGUGGUCAUAUGGUAG